AUGCGGUCCCUCUACCGCCAGCUUCCUUUGUUCUUGCUCAGUGCUCUGCCGGUCGGCGUGCUGGGCGGCGACAUACUUACCACAGACGGCUUCUCAACAUGUGUCUCCGAUCCUUCGAUCAAGGUGGAGGCUCUCAAUGUUACGUACAACCGAUCCAACAGGAAAAUCAUCUUCGAUGUGGCGGGUUCAAGCGCGGAGAGCCAGAAGGUAUUGCUCAACCUGGUUGUGAGCGCAUACGGCCAGCAGGUCUAUACGAAGGAGUACGACCCUUGCGAUAAUGCCACCAACAUGGUGGACUCCACCGAGGCAUACUCGCACAUGUGUCCAAGUAAGAGUCAAUUCUCUUGAAUGCCGUCUUAGAUCGAUGUCGGCUGACUGAACCUAGUUCCCGCCGGUACCUUCUCAUCGAGAGGCGAACAGACGAUCCCCGAAGAAUACGCGAGCAAGAUCCCCUCGAUCGCAUUUUCCGUCCCUGACCUCGACGGCCUUGUCAAACUCGAAGUGAAGAGCGAAGAUGGCACGAAGGACCUCGCAUGCAUCACAUCAACCGUUGGAAAUGGACACACAUUCAACAUGCCGGCGAUCUCGUAUGCUGCCGCGGGUGUCGCUGCGGCGGCGCUCGCUUUGUCUGCCGCAGGAGCGUUAGCAUCGGCUGGCGCUCCUGGAGUCUCAACACCAUCGCCUACGUUUGGUGAAGUGAUUGGAUGGUUCCAGGGUAUGGCGACGAACGGCAUGUUGAGUGUCCAAUAUCCGGAGGUAUAUCGGAGCUUCGCGACAAACUUCGCCUUUUCCACUGGAUUGCUCCCUUGGGGCCAGAUGCAGACUGCCAUUGACAACUUCAGAAACACGACGGGCGGCAAUUUGACGGAUAACAAUUACUACUACUUGAGGAAUAACGCGACACUGGUGUACGAUUCUGGAAGCACAGACUCAUCGAGCGUCAGCAAGCGAGCGCUGAACAGCAUUCUUCUGUGGGCGCGCGAUGGAACUACUACGAGUGUCAACGGAACCGACGCCUCGACUGGAAGUGGCGCUAGCAAUAGCACCUCCACGUCCAGCUCCAAAGACCAGCACUUCGUCAGCGGAAUCCAGGCCUACGUGGAGAAGCUGUCGAUCCCUUCAGCCAACACUUUUAUGACCGUUCUUUUGGUCUGGGCUAUUGUCGUCGCAGCCAUGAUUGUCCUGAUCCUGCUCUUCAAAGCCAUUCUCGAACUCUGGGCACAGUUCAGUAAGCUUCCGAAAGGCUUAGAAUCUUGGCGCAAGCGAUACUGGUGGAGAAUGGCCAAGGGUAUUACCAACCUGAUUCUCCUGCUCUACGGUGUCUGGGUGCUUUACUGUGUUUACCAAUUCAAGGAUGGAGACUCCUGGGCUGCGAAGCUUCUUGCCGGUAUUACUCUGGGACUCUUCACUGUGCUCUUAGCUGGAUUCUCUUGGAGGAUCUACGCGAAAGCUCAUCAGUACAAGAAGCUCGAAGGUGCACCGGAUAAGCUUUACGAGGACAAGGAGACAUGGAUCAAGUACUCCCUCUUCUACGACAACUACAAGAAGAGCUUCUGGUGGCUCUUCGUCCCCGCAAUUGUCUACAUGUCCGCCCGCGGCGCCAUCAUUGCCGGCGCAUCUGGUCACGGAAUGGUUCAGGCCUCCGGACAACUGAUUGUCGAAGCCCUCAUGCUCAUUGUCCUUCUGUGGACACGACCCUACCAGCGCCGCAGCGGAAAAUGGAUCAACAUCACCAUCCAAUCCGUCCGCGUGAUUUCCGUCGUCUGCGUCCUCAUCUUCGUCGAAGAACUCGGAAUUUCGCAGACUACAAAAACCAUCACCGGCGUCGUCCUCAUCGUCGUGCAAACUACCCUAACAGCCGUCCUGGCCCUUCUCAUCGCCAUCAACGCCAUCAUCACAUGUAUCAAAGAAAACCCUCACACCAGAGCACGAAGAGAAGCGGCGAAACGGAACAAGGAUCUCGAUCUCACUCCUUUGGAUGCGAGGAACAGUCUUCUACUGGAUCCGAUGGUACAGAAAGACCACGGAUCUACAGCGUACAAAGCUCCACUGGUCGCUUCUUCACCUUUCGCGGAUAGCAGGGGUCGCUAUGACAAAGUGCCCUACAAUACACGCGAGGAUUCCCCGGGUGGCAGUGGACGUUACAGAGACGACGAACACCUUAUCUCCAGCGCGGCGCCUUUCCAUCGGGACUUAUCCCAGGACAGGAGAAACAGUGUGGCUUCGCAUGCGCAUUCGAGGGAUCACUCCGUCGAUUCGAGGGAGCCGAGAUUGCCGGAUUUGAACUUUGGAAGGGCAUUGUAG